UUUUCACAUAAAAUACACCUCGAAACAUGGACAUGGCCGUCUCAGUUGGUUGCGUGGGGCUACACGACAAACAGUGAUUGAGUUGUGCAAUUAACCUUUAUUUCAUUUAAAUUCAGUGAGUUUAACGUAAAAAUGAAGUACAAAGUCAGUUUUUUUAUUUUAUUAGCGACAGCACUACAAUGUGAAUGUGGUUUAUCUCUACUAGGUGGUAUUUUAUCAACUGCACACGAACAAGUUCACGAGGUCGCCGGAGCCGUAUUAGGCACUCUUAACAAAGGUAUAAACUUAAAUUUUGAAAGCCAUUUAGGUUUUAAUCAACAAAGACCAGGCUAUGGACAAGGACCACCGCAAAGACCACCUAACGAAUCCGGUCCACCUUAUAACAAUAAUUAUGGACAAUCAAAUGAAUUUUAUCGACCUCCAAAUAACAACUACGGACAACCAAACGAAUUCCGUCCUCCCCAUUACAAUAACAAUGGACCGCCAAAUGAAUUUGGUCCCCCCAAUAAUAACUAUGGACAGAGACCUCAUGGACAAAGACCCCAUCAACAUGGAAACCAGCAACCUAAUUUCAAUAAUAAGCCGUACGGUCAGAAUCAAAAUGGAUAUAAUCCAGAUUACAAUAAUCCAAAUCAAAAUGAAGUUAACAUAAAUAAUCAAUACAGCAACGAAAAUCAGAGGUAUCCUAACAACCAGAAUAAUAAUUACCAAGGGAAUAAUUAUAAUAAUAAUAAUAAUAAUGGUUACAACCAAGGCUAUCCCAAUCAACAAAAUCAUGAUUACGAUGACAAUCAAAAUUACCCUAACAAUAAUGGAUACAGUAAUAAUCAAAACCAACCAAGCUACGGUAAUAAACCUGUUUACGUUAACCCAAAUAAUGAAUUUAGGGAUCCUAACGGUAACAACAACGUGAGCCCUCAAGAUAAUUUAAUAAAUGAAAAUAAGCCAGUUAAUGGAAAUCCUAACAAUGGAUUCGGUACGAUAUAUGGUGAGAACAACCAAGAUUUAACAACACCGCAAUCAGAAUUUUCAACGUCUACAAUAUCGGUAACACAAACUAAUAAACAGACUGGGGAUGAGAAAACUACCGAGAAAGCAAAAGAAGACGCUCCAAUUUUCAUUCCUCUGGGUGAUUAUAUAUACACAGGGGAAGCGGCAGCUAACAUCACUGCACCGAAAAGAGAAACAGACAAGAAACCACAAGAAGCAGAAGAAGAGGACUUUGCUAUCGAUAUUAGAUUUAAAGAUUAAUAAA